AUGGUUGAUCAGCUCCAAGGAACUUGGAAAUCCAUGUCUUGUGAAAAUUUUGAAGAAUACAUGGAAGAACUAGGUAUAGGAAGAUUAAGCAGAAAACUAGGCUGUCUGGCAAAACCCACUGUGAUCAUCAGUACAAAUGGAGAUGUGACCACUAUAAAAACCAAAAGCAUCUUUAAAAAUAGUGAGAUCUCCUUUAAACUGGGAGAAGAGUUUGAGGAAACUGCACCAGAUGGUCAUAAAACCAAGGGUACUGUUACUUUAAAUAAUGACUCCUUGAUGCAAGUUCAGGACUGGGAUGGCAAGGAGACCACCAUAAUGAGAAAGCUGGUGGAUGGGAAAAUGGUGGUGAAAAGUACCGUGAACAAUGUUACCUGCACUCGGACAUAUGAGAGGGUAUAA